AUGCCAGGAACGACCAACACAAGUACCUCAGUGGGCUUUGUCCUUCUAGGCUUCUCUGAUUGGCCCCAGCUGGAAAAGUUUCUCUUCUGGACUGUAGCCAUCUUCUACAUCAUGAUCAUCUUUGGCAAUUUGACAAUCAUUGUGCUUUCUUGUACAGACCCUCGUCUCAACAGUCCCAUGUAUUUCUUUCUUAGCAAUCUCUCCUUCUUGGAGCUCUGUUUUACCACAACCACAGUGCCCCAAAUGUUGUCAAACAUGUGGGGACAAGAGAAGACCAUAACUUACACAAUCUGUGUCAUCCAACUCUGUGUUUUCCUCUGUCUUGGUGCCACAGAAGGUGUCUUGCUGGUGGUGAUGGCAUUUGACCGCUAUGUUGCUGUCUGCCAGCCACUGCGCUAUACCAUCAUCAUGAACCAUCCACUCUGUUGGAAACGUGCCCUUAUGGCCUGGCUCUCUGGCCUGAUGGAAUCUCUGAUCCAAUCUCCUAUUACACUCCAGCUGUCCUUCUGUACCCACCAUCAUGUGAAUGACUUUCUCUGUGAGGUGCCUGCUCUCAUACAUCUGGCAUGUGGGGACACUUCCUUUAAUGAGUUGCAGAUGACCAUCUCUGCUGUUCUCUUCACCAUCAUGCCCGUGGGGUUGAUCUUAACUUCUUAUGGCUAUAUAGCUCAAGCCAUAAGGGAAAUCAAGUCAGAAGAGGGGAGGCAGAAAACCGUUACCACCUGUUCUUCUCAUCUUGUGGUAGUCUUCAUGUUGUAUGGGACAGUGGCAAUAGUUUACACUGAUCCUAAAAACAACUUUGCUUCUGAAUAUGGCAGAUUCUUCACUUUCUUCUACACUGUGGUCACACCAUUGUUGAACCCUCUAAUCUAUACCCUAAGAAACAAAGAAGUAAAAGAGGCUCUGUGA